UGCACGACGGGAAAUGCUUUGAAUACUUGCGACAUGGCCGCUGGAAUUGAUCGCCAAGAUUGACAGCACUAACCAUCGCCUUCACUUGUUUCACAGAGAAUAGCAAGAUUUUUUUUCGGCAAUCCAUCGGCAACUUCUGCCAGCGUUCCGGCGGCUCCCCCUCCCCACCCCCAGCACCCUCUUCUCCAUGGCCCGGGGAAGCUCUAGCUGACUUUAAGCGCUUCGCUACAGCUCUUUUGUUUUUUUAAAAUAUAUAGACAUUGUUUUAAAAUUGUAAAAAAAACAUUAGACACGUUUGACGACACGGGAUAGCAAGGAGCUGCUUCUCGCUAGACUGGCUACUAAGGGUGGAGAAGUGGAGGUCAGCAAGGAGGACGUUGGCGAAAUCGUGUCUAGAGGUGACAAAAGCAUGGCUAAGCUCCCCAACAGCAAUGGCCUGAGACUGGGCCUCGGGAGGAGGAAUAUUUUGUGGAGCAGAAUGUCUUCUAAGCAAGCCACCUCUCCGUAUGCUCCUUCUGCUGAUGGAGAGGAAGCAAUGGUCCAGGAACGAUUGGUACGGGAGAGGGAAAGGGAGGAGCUCAAUGAUCAGCACUCAGCCUCACAUCUGCCCCUCCAUACGUUAGUAAUCAACAAACCUCACUCUGAGGAGCUACCUGCUGUUGUCAGCAACCUCCAAGCAGACAGUGAUUGGGAAAACAUGGCAACCACCCAGCACAGAGUGGAUUCUGACAACAACAAAGUCUGUUCCCUAUACUCCUUCCGAAAUGCAACUACCUCACCACACAAGCCAGAUGAAGGGGCCCGUGAACGCGGUGAUAUGAUGACUGGUGCAGUCUUUGGAACACCUGAGCGCCGUAAAGGAAGCUUAGCCGACGUGGUGGACACACUGAAACAGAAGAAGCUCGAAGAAAUGACAAAGACUGAACAAGACGAAUCAUCUUGUGUUGAGAAGUUUCUCUCAAAGGACUGGAAAGAGAAGAUGGCUGGACUCAAUACAGGGGAGAUACUUGGUGAGAUCAAAGGUACACCAGAAAGUCUUGCCGAAAAGGAACGCCAGCUGUCUGCCAUGAUCAACCAGUUAAUUAGCUUACGGGAGCAGCUCUUGGCAGCACAUGAUGAGCAGAAGAAGCUAGCAGCAUCACAAAUUGAGAAACAGAGGCAGCAGAUGGAGCUUGCCCGCCAACAGCAGGAACAGAUCGCAAGACAACAGCAACAAUUAUUACAGCAGCAACACAAAAUCAACCUUCUACAACAGCAAAUCCAGCAGGUUCAGGGUCACAUGCCUCCACUCAUGAUCCCAAUUUUUCCACACGACCAACGGACAUUGGCAGCGGCUGCCGCAGCCCAGCAGGGAUUCCUCUUCCCCCCAGGGAUAACAUACAAACCAGGUGAUAGCUACCCUGUGCAGCUCAUUCCGUCGACAAUGGCAGCUGCAGCUGCGUCUGGACUCAGCCCACUACAGCUCCAGCAACUGUAUGCAGCGCAACUUGCCAGUAUGCAGGUAUCACCGGGUGCUAAGAUUCCUUCUACUCAACAGCCAACAAACCCCGCUGGUGCUCUAUCACCCACAGCUUUGAAAAAUGAAAAGCAGGGGACCAGCCCUGUAGCUCAAGUGAAGGAUGAAGCAGCACAGCCACUCAAUCUCUCAGCCAGGCCCAAGACUUCAGAACCUGUCCGAUCUCCCACAUCGCCCACACAGGGCUUUUUCCAUGCAAAUAAAUCCAGUCCGGUCAACCUGCCCAACAAAAGCAGCAUCCCCAGUCCUGUAGGAGGCACACCAGGAAGAGGAUCAUCUUUAGACAUUCUCUCCACUCUGAAUUCAACAGCCUUCCUGGGUGACCAGGAUGCAGUGAUGAAGGCUAUCCAGGAAGCUCGGAAAAUGAGAGAGCAGUUGCAACGAGAGCAGCAGUUACAGCAGCCUGGGCUUGAUGGCAAAACAUCAUCUAUGAAUAGCCUGGGAAUUAACUGCACGGGUAAUAAGGAACGGGUGCCCUUUGAGAAUCUUGCACAACAGCUGACAGGAAAAACAGGGGAGGAUGUGAAGGUUGGUCCAGGGGUCAUUGACCUCACGAGACCAGAAGACGCAGAAGGGAGUAAGGCAAUGAAUGGGUCUCCAGCUAAACUACAGCAGUAUUAUUGUUGGCCAACAGGAAGCACUACGGUGACGGAGGCACGGGUUUACAGAGAAACCAGGGGUCGCAGCAACAACGAGCCACAUAUCAAACGACCAAUGAAUGCGUUCAUGGUGUGGGCAAAGGACGAGCGCAGGAAGAUACUGCAGGCAUUUCCAGACAUGCAUAACUCAAACAUCAGCAAAAUCUUGGGAUCUCGCUGGAAGUCAAUGUCCAACCAAGAAAAGCAGCCAUAUUAUGAGGAACAGGCGAGGCUCAGCAAGAUGCAUUUAGAAAAAUACCCUAACUACAAAUAUAAGCCCAGACCAAAGCGCACCUGCAUUGUGGAUGGCAAGAAACUGCGCAUUGGUGAAUAUAAGCAGUUAAUGAGAAACCGAAGGCAGGAAAUGCGGCAGUUCUUCACUGUGGGGCAACAACCUCAGAUUCCAAUCACCACGGCAGCAGGCGUAGUGUAUCCUGGUGCUAUCUCCAUGGCAACCACAGCAGCAUCACCACAACUGACAUCCGAGUGUUCCAGUGAAUCUGGCAGUCCAGAGCCAAGCAUCCCAGUCAUCCAGAGCACUUACAGUAUGAAGGGAGAAAGCGGCAACCUGGGCAUGAACGAAAUGAUAAAUGGCGAAGAUGAAAUGGAAAUGUACGAGGACUAUGAGGAUGAUCAGAAAUCAGACUAUAGCAGUGACAAUGAGAAUCAGGAGGCCAUCAGUGCCAACUGAAGAGCAACUGCAAUCAGACUGUUAUUUUGAACAAAAAAAGUUAUUGAUGAGCCUGCAUGUGUGGCUCCAACAGAUUCAUCAGCAAUGGUCUUAAAUGUUUCUUAAUGUGUGAAGCAUUCUGAUUGUUCUUUUUAUUUUUACAAAGUAUCAUGGACAUUUUACAUUACUGGCUACAGCCUGAAAACAAAAAAAAAGUCAGGACUUGAAAGCUGUUGCUUAAUAUAGAUUCACAGCUAUCUGGCAGUCUUAAGUUUUUUUUUCCUUUCUCUUUUUUGAGCUUGUUUUAAAAUGCUUUAGUUACUGUUUUCUUAAGGGGUGGGGGGUUUUAUUCUCACUCAGGUAUGCUGUGCCAACCAGCAACUUGUGAAUGUGUUUUUAAUCUGAACUAUUUAAAAUAACUUAA